UGUGUGAUGGUUCUACAGGAUUUCCUUAUUGGCAACAUUUAAUUUAAACUGCCCUUGAAGAAGUAUUUUCAGGAGAGGAAAUAAGUAAAAUCGAUGUUUCUUGUAACAAAAUGCAAACUAAUCCAGAAAUAACUUAGUAUAUCUAGGAUAGAUGCACUGUUUUCUAUGUUGUUUUGUAGUUCAUAAAAGUUAGAUUUCACGUUGCAUUACGCCGGAGGACAUUUGCAUCAAAGUAAUGAAUAGCUAUACGGAAGACGAGAGGGUCGAAGGCUUUAUUGCUGGAGGUCCAAGCUUAGGGCAGCUGUGCUGUCUGGAGGAGGAAGGAGAGAGGUGUAAGAAACCCGCAGGAAAUGCCAGCUUCAGCAAAAGAAUACAGAAAAGCAUCUCCCAGAAGAUGAGAAUGAAUCUAGUUGUCGACAAAAGUGCUAGGCAUCUUUAUAUUUGUGAUUUUCACAAAAGCCUAAUUCAGAGUGUAAGAAAUAAAAGGCGGAGGAAGGGCAGUGAUGAUGAGGAUGGAGGGGAUUCACCUGACCUUGACUCUCAUUCCCCAGAGGUUGACUUGUUCCAGUUACAAGUAAACACACUGAGGCGGUACAAGAGACACUUCAAAUUACAGACCAGGCCCGGACUAAACAAAGCACAACUAGUAGAGGCAAUUGGCUGCCACUUUAGGACAAUACCAGCGGAUGAGAAGGAAACCCUAACAUAUUUCCUCUGCACAGUAAAAAAUGAGAAGAGCAUGACCUGAAGGACAAUUGCAUUCAUUAGUUAAAUAUGAUAUAUAUAUAUACACAUACACAGUGCCUUGCAAAAGUAUUCAGACCCCUGACCAAUUCCCUCAUAUUACUGAAUUACAAAUGGUCAUUGAAAUUUCGUUUUGUUUGAUAUUUUAUUUUAAAACACUGAAACUCAAAAUCAAUUAUUGUAAGGUGACAUUGGUUUUAUGUUGGGAAAUAUUUUUAAGAAAAAAAAAAAAACUGAAAUAUCUUGCUUGCAUAAGUAUUCAACCCCCACACAUUAAUAUUUGGUAGAGCCACCUUUUGCUCCAAUAACAGCUUUAAGUCUUUUGGGCUAAGUAUGUACCAGCUUUGCACACAGUGUCGGAGUGAUUUUGGCCCAUUCUUCUUGGCAGAUUUGAUCCAGGUUGUUCAUGUUGGUUGGACGACGCUUGUGGACCGCAAUUUUCAAAUAGUGCCACAGAUUCUCAAUGGGAUUGAGAUCAGGACUUUGACUGGGCCACUGUAGGACAUUCACCUUUUUGUUCUUGAGCCACUCCAAUGUUGCUUUGGCCUUGUGCUUGGGAUCAUUGUCCUGCUGAAAGGUGAAUUUCCUCCCAAGCUUCAGUUUUUUAGCUGACUGAAGCAGGUUCUCUUGCAGUAUUUCCCUGUAUUUUGCUCCAUCCAUUCUUCCUUCAGUUUUAACAAGAUGCCCAGUCCCUGCUGAUGAGAAGCAUCCCCACAACAUGAUGCUGCCACCACCAUAUUUCACUGUAGGGAUGGUGUGUCUUGAGGCAUGGGCAGUGUUAGGUUUGCGCCACACAUAGCGCUUUGAGUUUUGGCCAAAAAGCUCUAUCUUGGUCUCAUCUGACCACAAAACCUUUUCCCACAUCGCAGCUGGGUCACUCUCAUGCUUUCUGGCAAACUCCAGACAUGCUUUCAGAUGGUACUUUUUGAGUAACGGCUUCUUUCUUGCCACCCUCCCAUACAGGCCAGUGUUAUGCAGAGCUCUUGAUAUGGUUGACUGGUGCACCAUUACUCCACUCCCAGCCACUGAACUCUGUAGCUCCUUCAAAGUGAUUGUUGGCCUCUCUGUGGCUUCUCUCACAAGUCUCCUUCUUGUUUGAGCGCUGAGUUUUGAUGGACGGCCUUUUCUUGGCAGUGCCUGGGUGGUGUGAUGCAGCUUCCACUUCCUGGCUAUUGAUCCAACUGUGCUCACUGGGAUAUCCAAACACUUGGAUAUUAUUUUGUACCCUUUCCCUAAUCUAUGCAUUUGUAUUACUUUAUCUCUAACUUCUGUAGACUGCUCUUUGGUCUUCAUUUUCCUUCAGAUUCACAGCCUGACCAAUGAUCCUUCCAACAGUGGGGUUUUUAUCCAGAAAAUGUGACAGCAACUUUAAUGGUUCACAGGUGGAGGCCAAUGGUAAGGUAAUUGUGUCCUCGUUAGGGCAAUUUCUUUCAUCGGUGUAAACUGGGAGCUUCCACAGCACAGGGGUUGAAUACUUAUGCAAGCAAGAUAUUUCAGUUUUUUAUUUUUCUUAAAAAUAUUUCUCAACAUAAAACCAAUGUCACCUUACAAUAAUUUAUUUUGAGUUUCAGUGUUUUAAAAUAGAAUAUCAAACAGAACGAAAUUUCAAUGUACCAUUUGUAAUUCAGUAAUAUGAGAGAAUUGGUCAGGGGUCUGAAUACUUUUGCAAGGCACUGUAUAUAUAUUUUAAUCAUACGCUAAACUUUAAGACUUUUCACCUUGUUUUACAGUCAAUUUUUAUUCAAUAAGUGGAAUUUUAUUUUUGCAGAUAUGUAUGUGUAACUUAUUUAUGUUAUUUCUUUUAGUAUCUUUUCCACAUUAGACAUACAUAGGAUUUCCAACGUGCCGCUCAGCAUGUUGUCCUAAACUCGCUUCACUAUUUCUUUUCAGGUGGGUACCACUGUUUUAAUGCAGAAAAGAUACAGUUAAACUGAAACGAAAUGUACAAACAUAUCGGCUGUGUAGUUCAGUUUCCAUCAUUACAAGACAUCCUUGAAGAGACAGCUUAUUAUAUGUGAAAACCCUUUUCUCCGAUGUUCUGUUUUAUAUCGGCGACAAAUAGUACAUUUUAUAAUGAUCAAAUCUUUAUAAUUUCUAGAUAAUAUAUUUAUCAAAAAUGUUAAAGGGAUCAGAAUUUAUGUUGUAAUUUAUCUGACUAACGAGCUAAUCAAUUUAAUGAGACAUGCAGUGAUGUUGCAUCCAGACCACCUUGAAUUUACUGUUUUGAAGAGCAGAGAAUCAGAGCCAGACACAUUAAAUCAGAAUAUAUAUACCUACGGAGCAGUAGAGGUUGAAAGUAGAAAGCAGUAGAGACAGUGUGAAACAGUAAUAUGUUACUGUAUCUUUGGAGACAAUCUCAGACAGAAACAACAAAGACGCUGCAGAGUGCAACAAUGCCAGGGAGCACUUGCGUGACCUAGUAUUUGAGAAACUCCAUGCAGCUGCACAUGAGUACUAAUUUACAUGAAAUUCAAAAGGUUUCUAGACAUACUCACUAUUCUACUGCACCCCUAUGAGUUUAUAUGUAACUAUCAGUUCAAUCCAAUGUAACAGCUAAUUUUGCAUAAUCCAUUUCGAUUGCAUUUUUUUUUUCCACUCCACUGUGGGACCUGCCAUAUUGUGAUCAUGUGUCGUUUUGGUUUCUGGGUAAUAGGGACCGAAUGCUUCAUGUCAAACAGUAAAAAAAAAAAAAAAAAUACUUUCAAUAUUAUCCAUUUUACUCCCUGUUUAUAGACAGAGAAGAAUAAUAAUUAUUAUUUAGUUAGUCCAAUAAAAUGUAUCACAUCUCCUUCUCUUUGUCUAUCAUCUCUGGACUACUACGGCUACCAUUUCAUCUAUCAAUUACGCCCUGUUUACAAACUCAGGCUGCUUUGUUUUUGUACACAGAAACUCCCAUUCUUAGUUGUGAGACAGAUGUAGUGAGGGUUGCAGUGCCUGGCAUACUGUACGUUCCGCUAACCUUACUGCACACCUGUAAAUAUACCGUGUUUUAUAUGCAGUUCACUGGGUAGUAUUAUGUAUAAUGUCUUAUUAAAUAAUUAUAAUACAUAAACAUGUUCUUAAUUACACAAAUAAGUGAAAACCAUUUACAGUUUGGCUCACCAAUUGGUUAUUUACAAUAUGUAGUUUUAUAGAAUGAAAUCAAUUUACUAUUAGCUUUGGAAAUUAUUCAGUAUUUAAAAACAAUAUUCAAACAUUUAGUAAAAAUAUUUUUUGCCCUGACUGUCAUCAGUGUUAUAGAUUUAGGUAAUCUGCUUAGCAUAGAUAGAUAUGUGAUCAUAAAUUACAUGAAAUUUUGCACUCAUUAAUGGCAAUUUAUAGAUCUAGCAUCCAGAAACGUUCUCCUUGUUAGAAUUGAAUCUGACAUGCCCUCAAUCCGCAUAGCCACUUGUGAUCAAAACCACCCAAAGUGUUCUGGUCUCUAAUAGAGCACUUGCAUACAGAUUUUUAUUGGACAUUGUGGUUUCAAGUGAUAGAGUACAAAGAAAGCACCAUUUAUGUUACCUCAAUGUAAAUGUCAAUAGACAAU